UCUCCACCUCAUCCCCUCAUACCCUUUCCUCUCCGCUCGCCCGCUGCCCUCGAGCAGCUCGGGCGCGCCUGGCAGUCAUGUCUCAACGGCCAGCGGCGAUAGCGCCCAAGCUCGUUUCGUGCCCCUCAUGCUCGCGCCCUCAGCCGAUGGCCACGCUCAACGUGCAUCUCGAUGCCUGUCUCGCUGCGCCUUCUUCUCCGCCUUCUUCUACGCUGCAGCCUUCGACCUCCGCAGCGCACGCAUCAAGUAGCACUGCCAAAGUGGAGAACGGUGAUGCAGAGACGAGCGCAACGCAGCAGCCUCGAACGCCGGGCCAAGGCGUGACGAGGACAGCGCCCAUGUUCAUGCGUCGCGACCGCGAGGCGCAGCCGGAGAUGAAGCGUCGACGCACUGGCACGAGCGACGCUCCGGCUGCAGCUGCAACGCCUAUGGCUGGCCCGAGCUCCGCCGGCCCCAGUGGUGCCGGACCCAGUGGCUCGCCCUCCACCCCUGCGGCCAGACUGCAGCCGCCCAUGCUCGGUGGAGGAGGAGGAGGAGGAGGGCCCAGCAUGAAGGAACGACUGGAGGCGCUCAAGCCUCUAGCAGAGCGUAUGCGGCCCAAGACGCUGGCUGAGUUCGUGCAAGACAUCCUCUCCGGGCCGCUUCGCGCAUUGCAUGAGAGUGGGAGGAUGUGUAGUUGCAUCUUGUGGGGUCCGCCGGGGAGCGGCAAAACGACGUUAGCGCGCAUCCUUUCGCACCCUCCGUCCCCCUCAGGGGCAGCGAGCGGUGCCUCGAGCUCAAGCUCAGCGGCAGCUCGAAUGGUCGAGCUCAGUGCGACCUCAGUCGGCGCAGUCGAGCUCCGGAAACACCUUGAUGAGGCGGUGAAUCGUCUGCGCUUGACGGGGGAAAGGACGGUGCUGUUCGUUGAUGAGAUCCAGAGAUGGUCUCGAGCCGUGCAAGACGUCCUUCUCCCCUCCUUGGAGCGCGGGCACAUCCUCCUGCUCGGCGCCACGACCGAGAAUCCCUCCUUCCGCUUGGCACCGGCCCUGCUCAGUCGUCUGCGCGUGUUCGUGCUCAAGAAGCUCGAGCGCGAAGAUGUGGAGCUGCUCUUGAGACGCGCAAGGGAGAAGGCGAGGGAGUGGGGGUGGAAGGGAGAGGUGCAAGAGGAGCUCUUGCAGUGGAUUGCGGGCAUGGCGGAUGGUGAUGCUAGGACGGCACUUAAUACCCUCGAGUUGGCGCUCGCGAGUACCGCUACCUCUGCCGAUGCCGACGCCGAUGCUUCUGCGCCUUCCAACGGCGCCGGCAACGAUGGCAGAGGCGUCAUCGCCGGCGGCGAGCCGACCGAGGCAAAGCCAGAAGCGUCAACAGAUCGGCUAGCGCAGCUCAAGACUGCACUGCGAAGGAGUGCACUGCUGUAUGAUCGCACUGGCGACAUGCAUUAUGACACGAUCUCGGCGCUGCACAAGUCGAUCCGUGGAAGUGAUGCACAGGCGGCCGUGUAUUGGUUGAUGCGCAUGGUGGAGGCAGGCGACGAUGCACUUUUCAUUGCGCGGCGUCUCAUCGUCGCUGCGUCCGAGGACUGUUCUGGCACGCCAGAUGCACUGCACAUGGCCGUCUCGACAUAUCAGGCUUGUCAAGUCGUCGGUCUGCCCGAGUGCGCAGAGAACCUGACGCACUGCGUCGUCUUCCUUGCCGAGGCAAAGAAGAGCACGAGGGCGUAUCGCGCCAUGAAAAAGGCGCAGGCUUUAGUGAGGGAGAGCGAGAAUUAUCCGGUUCCACUGCACAUCCGAAAUGCGCCGACCAAGCUGAUGCGCGAACUGGAGUACGGCAAGGAGUAUCGCUAUGAGCCAUCGUUUGCUCAUCCAGUGCAUCAAGAAUUCUUCCCUCCGGCACUGCGCUCUACUCGCCUGCUCUCCCCGCCGCCGUCGUCGACUUCCUCCACGAAUGCCCCGACUUCUCACGCCGCUGCGCUCGAUGCGACAGCACCACAGGCUCUCGCAAGCGGCGCACUGGCAGCCGUGCCGCCCCAGCCACGCUGGACGCCAUCGCAGCCGGCCGAGGCGGCGGCGGAGCAACGCCUGGCGCCGAGCGAUGGCGUUGGGCCAGGCGCGUGUCAGCGGGUCUGGCAGAUCGGCGCACGUGCGGUGGAUCUUGAUCUGCUCGAUGAGUGGGAGCGGGAAAGGAAUGAGGGCAAGCCGUGGGAGGGGAGAAAGGGGUUGAUGCGUGCGCUUGGACUCGAGGAAGGGCAGGAGGACGAGCUGAUGGAGGAACCGAACGUGCAAGUCGACUCGAGGGAUGCGCCUGAGAGCGACGCGAAGCCGGAACCGGUCGACAAGUCGACGCAGACGACGCCAGCGCCUCAGCACGAUGCUUCGACCGCGACCGAGCCUCUCCCCGAGCCUGGUUCUUCACGAGGAGGGGACAACGCUACGGCCACAGCAAGCACAGCCCAACCCGCCGAGACCGCGCCUGCGGUCCCGCGCCGCCGCGCAGGUCGCUUCCGCGAGACGGUGCAGGUGUGGGAUCCCAGCCGGCUGCUGGCUCCCACAGACGGCGGCGCUGCACCGGCACACGCAGUCGUGCUGCUUAACGUCCCGCUGCACGUCGAUCACCUGCGCACGUUUGAGCAUCUCUGGAACGGCGCAUCGUACCGCCGCGGAAGCGGCGUCGGAUCCGCACGCCAUCGUCGGUGAUCUCGACAGUCUCCGGCCCGCCGUGCGGCACUUCUUCGAAGCGCGCGGCGUCAGCAUUCUCGAGCGUCCGUCGCAGUACGCGACGGAUC